CCUGCUCUCCUGUCGCCCGUUAUCUGGAUUCACUGUUGUACGUAUUUGCUUCGAUUCGCCAGUUAUACACCUUUCUAGAGUGAUGGAAACGGAUCCAAGGGCAAUAUUAUUGAGGUUUGAAGACCCGAGGAUGCCUUUGACUUGUCAGACAUGCCUCCCACACAAAAGAAAUGUGUUUUCGAGCUGUUUCAACUUUGCGCUUCGUGGGAGAACACCUGUAUGAUGGUUUGCGUCGACCAACAUGGUGGUGUUUCCGAAUUGGCUUGCUUGCUGCUGUCUUCGGACUGAUACGACAGCUGUUGGGAACCUACUCUUUUGUUCAGGUUGACUACUUUUUGCAUUCUUCUGACCUCGACACGAGUCUACUGACGAAUGUUGAAAUUGCGGUAGUAAAUCGCUCGUCCCAAUCAAGACCACUGAGCCCGUUGCAUCCGGAUCGUGCUUUUGUUCCACUACUACACAGAACAGUAGACCUCCCUCUCCGUGUUGUGUACUGGCCCUACGUAACAAUCGGAUCUUCUCCCGAUGCGAUCCACGUCGGUGAGGACGGGCUCUUCAAAAGCCCAUACAUACAACUUGUUGACAUGUAUGAUGAUCACCCUGAUACAGUUUGGGUUGCCGAUGAAACGGUGGGCGGAAACGUUCCGAGAGAUUGGUGCGAAAACUUGCUUCAGGCUGUACAUAAUGUCCGCAGGUACCGUCGCACCAAGACUUUACCGUUGUUUUGGCCGAUUCAUUUCCUUCAAACCCACUACGACUUCCCGUCUGACUACCUGUGCAAGCCGUCUCGAGACGAGUUGGGUGGUGAAUAUUGGACACGUUACUUUAAACGAUCCGUCAUUUUACACCGGUCAUGGAACGAGACUUUGCAGUGGGUUGAUACUGGAUAUCAUAUCAACAGCAAGAAUCGACUCUUCCUUCCUGAUCAGAUACACACGCCGCUUGUGGUGCGUAGCGAUAUCGUUGAGGCUAUGCACAAUUAUCUGAAAAUAAGAGGUCGAUCUUUGAGCGACGACAUUGCGAGCCUCCCAAGACCUAUUGACGUCAUUCAUCUGUGGCCAUUGGGCAACUCAUCCGAAGUUUAUCAGGGAUAUUCCAAUUUGCGGACAAAAGUAAGUCAGAUAGUGGUUGAUCUCUCCAAGCAACAUCCUGAUUGGAAAACUGUGGUAGGCAUUGUAGGGAAAGCACGGUAUCUGGGGCGACAAAAGGUUUCACGAUUGCUUAUACAAGUCAUGCUCACAAGCAAGAUUCAUGUGGUCUCCCAAAGGGAUCAAUGGGAAGACCAUUAUCGAUUAAUGGAGGCGCUAGCUUCCGGUGCACUUGUUUUGACGGACCGAAUGCUAUCGCUACCCGAGGGAUUGAAAAAUGGAACUUCGCUGAUUGAGUAUAGUAAUUCUGCUGAGCUGCGUGAGUACAUUCAAUUCUAUAUUGGCCAUGAGAAAGACCGUUUAUCAAUCGCUAGAGAAGGACGCUUCAUAGCAAUGUCGAAGCACCGGUCUUGGCACCGAAUGGAAGAGGUGCUCUUUGGGCGCAUAAUAUCGUUGUGUUCCGAGUCGCCAAACGAACACGGACCAUGCUCGUUUGAAGAGAGGAUAUGA